AUGGCGUCAGCCCACGCCUGUCAUGGGCCUCUCACCUCCGCUGGAGUCUGCGGCUGCCCGGCAGAUUACACGCCCAACGAGCGGGACGCACUCUGUCGCUCGACCUACCACUUCCUUGGGGACAACCUGCAGUGCACGACCGCGCCUAUGGCAGUACGGGAGCAUGGGGCGAGCAUGGAUGUCAGCAACGAGCUGCCAGGGUGCCGCGCUGCCUGCGAUGCGGAUGCAGACUGCAUUGGGCUGAUGGUGCAGCGCACUGAGGCACCUGCCCAUGCUGGUGGGCAUAUAUGGUUCGCGUGCCACUUCAUCAGCUCGUGCCCAGAGACUCGGCGAGUGACCGGCUAUCGCGUGUACUUCAAGCAGAAUCACGCAUCGUCGGUGCCAGUGCCAAUGUCACUCUUGCUGCCACCGCUCUUGUUCCCGCCUCCGCCACCGCAGCCGCUCCCACCGCCGCUGCCGCUGUCGCCUGCUCCCCUUCUCUUGAGCGACGGCAGGUGUGCCAAGCACUGCCAUGAGCCCAAGACGAGCGCGUGGCCACAGCGGUGCAGCUGGGUCGGCUGCGCUGCUGCCGCCACCUCCGCCAUCGCCAUCACCGCCGCCUUCGCCUGCGCCCCCACCAUCGUCAUCACCGCCACCGCCGCCCCUAUCGCCGUCAUCGCCGACGUCAACGCGUACCAGCUCGUCCCCGUCGCCGCGGGAAGAGCCCUGCGCAAAUUACUGCGCAAGGAAGACACAUCCGUGGGGGGAACGGCAUGCUUCAAGCACUGCCACGAGCCCAAGACGAGCACGUGGCCACAGCGGUGCAGCUGGAUCGGCUGCGGCGGCUGCGAUGAGUGCUUUCCGCCGCCGCCGCCGCAGCUGCCGCCGCCACCUCCGCCAUCGCCAUCACCGCCGCCUCCGCCUGCGCCCCCAUCGUUAUCACCGCCACCGAUACCGCCACCGUCGAAAUCGCCGCCGCCGCCGCCAUCGCCGCCACCUCCGCCGCUGAACCCCUCACCGCCGCCGCCGCCAAAGCCGCAGGCAUGCUUCAAGCACUGCCACGAGCCCAAGACGAGCACAUGGCCACAGCGGUGCGACCGCGAUUCACAGUGCAUUGGCCUGGAGGUCAAAGUUGGCGCCCCAGUGGGCAACCAGGGCCCCCUCGUGCAGUGCCAUGGCAUCAAGGGCGAGUGCGCGAAAACGGUCUGGGCAAACGGCGUUCGCAUGUACAUGAAGCGCGCUCUGUCACCGCCGCCACGGCCGCCGCCGCCUGCACCGCCGCCACCAUCGCCACCUCCACCACCUCCACCAGGACCACCUCCACCUUCCCCACCACCGCCGCCGCCGCCGUCGCCGCCGUCGCCUCCACCGAGACCGCCUCUCACGGCCAUCGGUGUCUAUGGCUGCCCGUCGGACUACUCGCGCCACGAGCGCGAUGCCCUCUGCUACUCUUCGUACUACUUUCUCGGCAACGACAUCGUCUGCACCGGGUUUUGGCCCCCCUUGUGGGAGUCGGGGCCGACCAAGGCUAGCGAGAGGAGGCUGGGCGAGUGCCUGCGAAGAUGCGACCGCACCCCCGAAUGCAUGGGCCUCGUGGCUACGUUCGGGCCGACACGAGCCGCCAUCGCCGACUUCAAGGCGGCGUAUGGCGUGCAUGCCGUCACCGGUCCUGCUUCUUGGGUCGCCUCACAACUCGCCCUGCCACCAACUCUCUUGAGGACGUACCUGCGCGAACGCUCCAAUCCCCGUCAGCUCACCGCCUCGCGGGCAGGGGGCGUGAUCGGUGCAUGUGAGAAAGGGUCGCGGUGGCACCGCUUCUCCUUCUCGAUGCGUGACCGGUUCGAGACGCUUGCUGUGUGGCGGGAGCGGCCCAAGCUCCUCUCGCUUCGUGUUAACGGCGUCCUCCGCACCGAGGUCCCGUCGUUCCACGAGGCCCGUGCCAGCCAAUCCGCCCCCGCCACCCAUCAACUCGUCGCGACAUACGUCCUCUGCGAGGUGUGGGAGGCUGCCGUUGGCCAGGACGCAACGCUGCUCCUUGCGAGGGGAGCGCAGCAGAGGAUGUGCACCAACUCCGGCAUCAGAGAGCCCAACCCCGACAUCCAUUUUUCGCCGACGUCACCGGUGAGCCAUCUUCGCAUCUUCGGCGCGCGAGAUGCGCGCUUUGAGGCGCUUGCAGGCGUGCCGAGCGUGCUCAUCUUGCGCUCCUUGGCCGACAAGCAGGAGUGUACCGCCGCAGGGAGGCAGGUUGGCGGCGCUAUUUUCGCCCAGGUCAACGGAAAGACGUACAAGUUCGAUGCGCGCCUCCGACUCCUCGGCAACACGCUCGAGGCACCCGCCACCGGCGACCACCUUGCUACACUGCCCUCCUUGGUCCUCGAUGGGGGACCGCAGCUUUGCCCACGCCCGAGCAAGAGCUUUGCCAACGCCGUGGGCUGCUCGCGCCGGCCGGCAUGCGCGCCGAGCCAGUUCGCGAACGCCCGCUUCAAGCUGGACGCCACGGCGCUGCAACAGUGGUACCACCUCAGUGGGCGCCACGUGCACUACAUGACGGGGCUCCGCCUCGAGGUUCCUUACGCGGCAUCGCCCUGCUUUGGCCACGCACGCUGGCUGAAGCUCAGCGACGGCGCGUGCGCAUCGCCCACCCAUGGACAAGUCCCAUCGAACACCAAAUGGGCCCUCGCCAACGCCAUUACUGGAGCCAUCGACAAGUCCAACCCCAGAGUGCGCGAUGUUGUCGGCCCGGGGGGCAGGUGCUCUGGAGGAGUCGGUGCAGUGGUGAGCGCUGACGGUGGCUGCUGGCAGCACGUGCACCCGCACACCCUCAACACGUAUGACAUGACAGAUUGGUCCGCGGCCGACGCUGAGCUGGGCGAUCCCAUCAGGCGUGCGUCGGAAGCUGGACAUGCAUCCUUAACCUUGCCGGCGACGCACACGAUGUGGCGCUGGAAGGGUCAGAGCGUGCUCUUCCCACUUCUCGGUCGCUUCGGGGACGUCGUCCGGUUCGACGAGCUGCCCUUCUCUGUCCAGACUCUCGAGAUGGCAACGCGCCGGAACGCGUUGACAGCGCGCACCGUUGCGAGCGAGGUUGAAUUUUGCGGGUCACCCGGCGAGACUGCCAACCGGCCAGAGUUGGGGCAUCUCUACCCUUUCAUGAUUGAUCUCCGAACCAACAUCCCCGCUGGUCAGCGCUGGCAGGCAAGCAACGAGGAGGAGCUCGACCACCCGGCUUGGGGGCAUGCUGCGUCGACAAUGUUGUGGACCAACGUGGCACUCACGGCGCCGGACCAGCUUCGACAGCGAACGGCGUGGGCGCUGAUACAGAUUCUGGUCGUGUCCAACGUGGACGGGUUCGGCCGCCAUGACGAGAUUGAGCUGUGGGCGACGUACUACGACAUCUUCGUCCGGCACGCGUUUGGCAACUACCGCGACGUUCUGAAGGAGGUGGCCUUCAGCCCCCUGAUGGGCAUGUACCUUACCCACAUGGACAACAAGGCCUUCGCUUUUGAUCGGACGUUUCCCGACGAGAACUUCGCGCGCGAAAUCAUGCAGCUCUUCACCAUUGGCUUCUGGAGGCUGAACCGCGACGGCACACAGAUGCUGGACGUGGCCGGUCGGCCUGUACCGACGUAUGACAACGUCGACGUCAUGACCUUUGCGUCGGUAUGGACUGGCUUGACGCCGGCGCCUUCUCGCACCAACAUCGAAAUCGGGCACGACGAGCAAGGCUUCAGCGCGGGCUCGACCUUGGAUUCGCGAAACGAGCUGGACCCUAUGGUGGUCGAAGCCGUAUGGCACGAUAAGUUCCCAAAAUCCAAGCUGGACGCUGGUUAUCUGGCCGAUCAGCUGCCGCUCUGCGCAGAGCUCCCGCGCCGCCACUUUCUUGCCAGGGGCGCGGUGUAUCGGCUACUCGGCGAGAUCAGCGCGGAGGGCGCCGCCUUUGACGCGAAUCCGUACACGCAAGACUCUCGGUUGGGCCGGUUCGCCCCAAACCCCCGCGCGUCGCAGCUUCACGCUGCCCUCUGCGCGCGUCCGUCGCGUUGGGGCGCAUGCUCCUUCCCCGCGGAAGUGAAGCUUUCGCAGACGCUGCCUUGCCACGAGGAGGAGUGUUUGUCCGACCGCGUGCGGAGCGUUCGGAUCGACGAUCCGGUCACUGGUACUGCGAGGUGGUACGAGCACGUCCGGCCACCAUGCGCGCGCCUCACGUUCUCAAACGGGCGCAGGUACACCAGCUUCAAAGACUACUCCGUUCCGACAAGUGGACCCAAACAUUCGCCGAGGCCGGAGAGGCACUUUGCCUACCACCAGUGUGCAGACCCGUCGGCUCCUGUCGCGGCGCCCAUGUGCUGCGACCGCAGCGACAGCGUGACGCCACUCAGCACCAUCGGACGCAACCACUGCCUCUACGCGGGUGAGUUUGUCAAGUACGCAACGGCUGAGGCGCGAUGCGCGCAGCAGGGCGCGGUGCUCUGCACCAGUUCUUACAGGCGGCCGCGUGAGACGACUCCCGCGUCUUUCUGGGAGGAGGGCUGCGGUGAGGGCAUGUAUGCGUGGACGAGCACCCCGUGUAGGCUGCGAGUGCAGGUGCACGCCGAUGGCCUUGUCAACUUGGUCGAGAGCGUUCCCGAUGGCCAUGACGCCGCCGGCCUGCAAGGUGGCAGUCAGCUCGAGGAGACCAAGGCGAACUCGGAGCACAAGUUCCGCAUUCGCUGGGAGAGGAAUCGCUGGCCUAGACGACGACAGCAAACCAUGGUUGAUAUUGCCCGUCCAAGACCAAGUCGGUUACGCGGAGGGGUCUCUGCGCGGGAUGUGCUGGGGGCCAUCCCCCAGUCGAUUGCCGCAUAG